AUGGAAAAAGACCUGGUGGAUUCCCUGUUUGCCAACUUCUCGUUCGUCAUCGACGAGCUGGAGAUUGACCAGCAACGCGUGCGGGACUACUGGGCGACGCCGCAGUCGAACGUCUUCCUCUCCCUCGCCGUCUUCUUCAUCAUGACCGGCAUCAUGGCCAUUCCGGCCAGCACGAUGCCCGUGCCGUCGGGCAUCUUCAUCCCCAUGUUCAAGAUGGGCGCGGCAUUCGGGCGCCUCGUGGGCGAAGCGAUGGCUGUGUGGUUCCCCAGGGGCGUCCGCUACGGCGGCUUCUUGUCCAUGAUCCAACCGGGGGGCUAUGCCGUCGUGGGCGCGGCGGCGUUCAGCGGCGCCGUCACGCACACCAUCUCCACGUCCGUCAUCGUGUUUGAGAUGACGGGCCAGAUCACGCAUAUUUUGCCGGUCAUGAUUGCCGUGCUGAUUGCGAACGCCAUUGCGCAGUUGUUGCAGCCGUCGAUUUAUGACUCCAUGAUCCAGAUCAAGAAGCUUCCGUAUUUGCCGGAUAUCCUGUCUUCCAAGUCGGGUUCGUUUUCUGCCUUUAAUUUCGAUGGUUUACGGAUAACAGGCGAAGAAAAAAAAAUGCAACUUUCCUUUGAUUAUACAGUGGCUGAGUCCUCGGAAUUAAAAGAAAGAAAUACGAGGGAAGAAACUACUGCUUACAACAUAUGCGUGGAAGAUUUCAUGGUGCGGAACAUCAAGUACAUUUGGCACAAGAUGACGUAUCGAGAACUGAGGGAAGUGCUGAGGGAUUCCAAGAAGCUCCGGUCCCUGCCAAUCGUGGAUUCGAAA